AUGGCGAGGCCUCCACGCCACACCCUGAGCAGAUCCUCCGCCGCGCACUCUUGCCGGCUACCGAAACACGCGCUCCUGAGAGCCGGUGCGGCGUUCUUCCUCGCCACCCUUGUCGCGCUGCCCUUGGCCAGGAGGAGGGCGCCCAAGGCGAAGAUCUGUGAGGAUCUCAAACUUGAUCAAGUUUUGAGGAAGGCUUCAAUGGGAGACAAUACUGUUAUAUUGACUACACUUAAUGCUGCAUGGGCUUCUCCUGGCUCAGUGAUAGACCUAUUCAUUGAUAGUUUUCGCUGUGGUGUCAGAACAAGUUCACUCUUGAACCAUCUAGUCAUUAUAACAUUUGAUUCUGAUGCAUACAAACAAUGUGUCAAGAUCCACCACUAUUGCUACUUUCUUGGAACUGAGGGUGUGGACUUUUCUGGAGAGAAGAGGUUUCUGACUUCUGGGUAUCUGGAGAUGAUGUGGAAAAGGCUAGAUUUCUUGCGGCUGGUUCUUGAAAAAGGUUACAGCUUCAUAUUCUCGGAUGCAGACAUAAUGUGGUUCCGCAAUCCAUUUCCUCACUUCUAUCCUAAUGGUGACCUUCAGAUUGCUUGCGAUCACUAUGUUGGGAACGCAACAGACCUGAGAAACAUUGCUAAUGGAGGCUUCAAUUAUGUGAAAUCAAAUGAACGUACCAUAGAGUUUUACAGUUUCUGGUACUCAUCGCGAUCGAGAUAUCCUGGCUACCAUGAUCAGGAUGUAUUCAAUGCUAUAAAGCAUGAUCCUUAUGUUGCAGACAUUGGGCUGGAAAUUAAGUUUCUAAGUACUGCAUACUUUGGUGGAUUUUGUGAACCCAGCAGAGAUUUAAACAAGGUCUGCACUAUGCAUGCUAACUGUUGCAUCGGUUUGCGGAGCAAGAUUCAUGAUCUAAGGAUCAUGAUGGAAGAUUGGAAGAGCUAUUUGUCAUUGCCUCCAAGCUUGAAAAGACUGACACCAUCCUCCUGGAGGGUGCCGCAAAAUUGCAGCCUAUCUUCACAAAACCUAUAAGACAUGCUUGUGGACUACAAAAGGAAAAUGGAAGAGUGGAGCAUGCUUAAGGUGUUCUCCACAUUUUCUGCAAAAA